AUGAAUGAUAGUACAGUAGAGCCGACUCCCGAUGACACUUUAUUUGGUGGAUCCUUUACUUGCGGACUCAUAGCAGCACGACUACGGCACGUGGUGAAACAGCGUCUUGAUAUUGCGCGGAGCUUGCUAGCAUUAAUUCAGCUCUACUCUGAAGACAGUGUGGGGCGUUACGACUAUCCGAUGUUUGAGUUUUCUGAUCUCGAAAGGAAACUCAGCAAUAUCAUCAAUAAUUAUAGAUUGUUUGACGAUCAGCUGUCUCUGAAAUUGGCAAAGAGAGGGCGUGGAUUGGCUGAUAAGGUAGCGCACAUAGGACGCUUUGAAAAAGCUGACCCAUCCCCGGAAUUCAACGUUUUUCUGGACAAAAUACUCGAGGCUGGAUUACUAUUUCUAUCACCAUAUUCCGCGCAGGUUUUCUUGGCCAGAUCUUUAGCAUUGCAUGAGCAGUAUGCAGUUUUGAUGAACCUUUGCACUUUAUCUGCAAGCAGUAUCCCUGAUGAACUUCGCCCUGUCAUGACAUUUUACAGUGCCAUUGCAUACUCUGGAAUAGGAAAACCCUUGAAAGCUAUGACCAAUUUUAAUCUCGCCGCUAAAGCAGUAACCGAUCAGAACAAGGCGCUUCUGACUGCUUUGUCACCUGUUGGCAAAACCCAAGAGAUCAACCUCGGAGAUUACUACGUAAUGGUAAGAUGUCUUUCACAUAUCUCAGAAAAAUAUAAUGGUGUUUAUCAGGCUUAA